AUGGAAAACCAAACAUCGCCCACAAGCGCCACUCAUUCAUCAAACGAGGUCCCGAAGACUCCAAACGAGAAAAUUGGCGAUUCUUGGAUCAACUCCGACAUGCAAAUGGCUGUGACACCAAACGAUAAAGUUGAGGAAGACUUUGAAGAAAAGAAAGAAAACCUCAUGAUCAGUGCCGAGAAGAUGCCUAGUGUAAAAGUGGAAACUCCAGAAGCGGUUCGAAUGCGUCGCGAACAACAAGCCGAACUUCAAAAGAAACACGUCAGCAGUCCAUCGGAUUCAAUGCUUAGUCCCUGUACAUCUAAGUUAUUUGGAAAGGAUCCACGUCGCAAAGCUCAAUCCGGACCAGCUGCCCUGCUUCGUAAAAAACAACAAGGUGCGAUUCCAUGCAACUUCAGCGCUGAGGAUGAGGAG